UUUUCUGUUGUUUUUUUUUUUCUUUGUGUGCGUGCGUGCUUUUUUUUUUUUAUUUUUAUUUUUGUUCCUUUAACCGUAUGCCCAUGGAGCUGAGGGUCACCUGUGGACUGUUCCUUGUGUUUCUGCUGGGAUGCGGCAGACUGUCUGCUUUCAACCUGGACACCGACAACGUCCUGCAGAGGGACGGGGAACGGGGCAGUCUGUUCGGCUUCUCCCUCGCCAUGCACCGGCAGCUUCAGCCGGUGGAUAAAAGAAUGCUGCUGGUCGGCGCCCCGAGAGCAAGGGCCUUAAGUGACCAGAAAGCUAAAGUGACGGGGGGACUUUUCACCUGUGAUGUGGGCUCUACCUCUGGGGGUUGCACCAGAAUUGAUUUUGACAACGAGGAGGAUCAAAAUAAGGAAAGCAAAGAAAACCAAUGGAUGGGAGUGAGCGUCAACAGUCAGGGGCCAGGAGGAAAGAUAGUGACCUGUGCCCAUCGUUACCAGCGGAGGACAGGCGUAAAUACCCUCACGGAAUCACGUGACAUUAUCGGCCGUUGCUACGUCCUGAGUCAGGAUUUGACGAUCGAUCCCCUGUCGGGAGAAGACGGCGGUAACUGGCACUUUUGUGACGGCCGGCGCCGAGGCCAUGAGCUGUUUGGCUCCUGUCAGCAGGGGGUCGCUGCAGCAUUUGACAAGGACUUCCACUACAUCAUCUUUGGAGCUCCUGGGGCUUACAACUGGAAAGGCAUCGUACGCUUGGAACAGAACAACAACACCUUAAUAGACAUGGGCAUCUAUGAUGACGGUCCUUUUGAGCUUGGAGAUGAAAAAGAGAAGAACCCUGACGACGUCCCAGUCCCAGCCAACAGCUACCUGGGCUUCUCUCUGGACUCAGGUAUGAGUCUGACUAAGAAGGGCCAGCUGACGGUGGUGGCAGGAGCUCCCAGGGCGAACCACAGCGGAGCAGUGCUGCUACUGAAGGCAGGUCCAGACUCCAGCAAAAAGAUGGAGAAAGAGUUCACCCUGGAGGGGGAGGGAUUGGCCUCAUCCUUCGGUUAUGAUGUGGCUGUACUGGAUCUGAACGGAGAUGGUUGGCAGGAUAUAGUGGUUGGAGCGCCUCAGUAUUUCGAGAAGGAUGGGGAGAUCGGAGGUGCUGUUUACGUCUAUGUCAACAAAGCUGGAAGAUGGGCCAAAGUCAAACCUGAAAGAAUAGAUGGACAGAAGGACUCCAUGUUUGGCAUGGCAGUGGAAAGCCUUGGAGAUGUCAAUCAGGAUGGUUACCAAGAUUUUGCAGUUGGAGCUCCGUAUGAAAACAACGGUGUGGGAAGUGUUUACAUCUACCAUGGGUCAGACAAAGGUCUCCGCUCUAAAAAACCUGCUCAGGUGUUAUCAGCUCAGGCAGGAACAAAGAUGUUUGGCUACUCUUUGGCUGCAAACAUGGAUCUGGAUAAGAACUCCUACCCAGAUCUGGCUAUCGGAUCGCUUUCUGAUUCUGUCUUUGUCUACAGAGCUCGCCCAGUAAUUAGCAUCAAGAAAGAAAUCAAGGUCACACCCAAGGACAUCGACCUCACCAAGAAGAACUGUGGAAAUAGUUCUUGUUUGACUGUUGAGGCCUGUUUCACCUACACUGCCAACCCCAAGAACUACUCUCCCAAACUGACGGUUGCCUACUCCCUCGAGGCCGAUGCUGACCACAGGAGUAAGAAUCUAAUGCCUAGGGCCACCUUCCCCGAACCCUCUGACUCUGACAAGAAGUACCAAUCCAAAGGCACCGUCACUUUGGAGAAAAAAGGAAAACAGCACUGCUUCAAACGUCAGCUUGCCAUGCAGGAAAACAUUCGAGACAUACUGCAUCCAAUCCCUAUUGAUGUGUCCGUGGAUAUCCAAGACUCCAAACGUAAACGCAGACAGAGUGCAUCUCCACUCACACCUGUACUGGAUGCAAAUGAACCCACAACAAGUCGAUCAGAGGUACAUUUCCUGAAGGAGGGAUGUGGCACCGACAAUCUGUGUCAGAGCAACCUGCAGGUGAAAUGUGUCUACGGCCACAGAUCAACCGACGAAGACACAUUCACAAAGAUGAAAGAGGAGAAGGGGGUGCCGGUGGUCUCACUCAGCGAUCAGAAGGUCAUCGCCUUAGAGGUCACAGUGACCAAUCACAACGGAGACGAUGCACACGAAGCCUCCCUGGUCGCCUCCUUCCCACGCGCCCUCAGCUACUCCGCUUACCGCAGUGGACCUGAAGUGAACUGCGUAGCCAAUAAAAACGGCUCUAAAGUUGAAUGCGAGCUUGGACAUCCCUUCAAAAGCAACGCAAAGACGACCUUCUACAUUAUUCUGGGUACGUCAGGGAUCUCUCCUAAAACUACUGAACUGGAGGUUGAUUUUCAACUUAAAACAACAAGCAACCAAACGCUAACGCCUGUCAAAGCAAAAGCAAAAGUGGCGAUCGUGUUGCAGCUGUCUGUAUCGGGAUUCGCUCAACCAUCUCAAGUCUACUUUACAGGAGAGGUCAAAGGUGAGAGCGCCAUGAAACGUGAAAGUGACAUUGGCAGUGCCAUCACACACCAGUUUAGAAUUAUCAACCUUGGAAAGCGUUUGACAGACUUUGGCACUCCCUCUCUUGAAAUUGAGUGGCCAAAAUCUACGGCGGAUGGAAAGUGGCUGCUCUACCUGACCAACAUCAGCUCCAAGGGAGUGGAAAAGAUGGAGUGCACUCAUGACGACGUAGUCAACCCCCUGAAAUUGGAACUGGGCAACACUAGGACGAGAAGAGCAGUAGAAAACACCCAGGGAAGGGAAGAGGGUGUUUUUUCACGUUUUUUGGACAAGAAAUCAAAAGUUCUGUCCUGUAAAGAUGGGGCAAAAUGUGAGAAGAUAAAGUGCCCCCUACGGGGAAUGGACAGUACUGCGUCCAUCACUCUCAACUCUCGCCUCUGGAACAGCACCUUCAUAGAGGAAUAUGCCGACAUCCAUCAUGUGGAGGUGAUUGUGAAGGCGACUCUGCGUGUUGAUAGCACACUGAAGAACACGAUCCUGCAAAAUGCCGAGCCAGAGGUGAGACUGACUGUUUUCCCAGAGAGACGUUCAGCUCAGCAGGGUGGAGUACCGUGGUGGAUCAUCGUGUUGUCCAUUCUGCUGGGGCUGCUGUUGUUGGCCCUGCUGGCUUUUGUUCUGUGGAAGUGUGGCUUUUUCAAGCGUGCCAAAUAUGAAGACAAGGUUCCCAGUUACAACGCAGUUCGGAUUAAACGGGAGGAGCGAGCUAUAAACCCUAAAAAUGGUAAUUGGGAAAACCUGGAAAAGAAACCCUGGAUGACAACUUGGCAUGACAACGAACAUUAUUCCUAACAACCAUUGAAAUCUGACCACACACGGAUUCCUGUUGCUUUACUGAUGAACUCCCACUUUUACAAAUUUUUCCCGCUGUGUCUUUGUAUGGCAUGAACUGUAAAUAUCAAGAUACAAAGAGAAUAAUUUGUAAAGAAUAAAAUGCUUUUGUAGGACUAAAUACUUGAUCAAACAUUGAGCUUCAGGGGCUGAUUUGAUCUUGGAUAAAGUCUGCGUGAAUCACUGGAAGGAGAGUUGCAUUGUGGGAGAUGCUCCUGCACAACUACUGUCUGUUGGAGCUUGUUUUGUACAUUUACUACAUUCACAGUGUUGACUGGGGACGGGAGGGUGGGGGUCUGGGAGGGGUUUUGUAUGUUUUCAACGAUGUAUUUAUUCUUUUUAAGGAGUACUUCCUGUUACGUGCUCUACAGGCCAAAGAAUCAUGCACUGCAGGCACAGGUGACCUUGUGACGUUUUUCCUCCUAAAUGUUCAGUCUGCCUGAACUAUUGAUCUUCAGAUAGUUGGCAUUUUUCAUGCUUAAGGUGCCUCAGGUUGUUUUUUUUUUAAACAUAACCACAACUUAUCCAGUUUUCUAGCAGCUGGUUGAUAAAUGUACUACCAUUUCUGCAUAAGUCCAAUUUUAUUCACUGACUGUAAAAUAAGAGCAAAAGUGAGCAAACUGUUUCUUAAAUAAAAGUUUUAAUGUCAUAUUA